CCGGCGACUGAAUCGUUCAUUCCCGAACCAGAAAAACCCGCGUCAUUUGGUGGCACUGUCGCCGCCACCGCCGCCGCCGUUGUCCACGAGGCCAGGAUGCUCCGCGCCGCCAUCUCACGCCUCGGCGCGCGCCUCCGCCUCCACCACGACCCCCGAGCCCACCACCAGUCCCCAGCCUCUCCUCACCUCCGCGCUCUCUCCACCCGCCGCGGCAAGCGGUCCUCCCCCACCGCGUCGCCCGCGGACUACGACGACGAGGGCCCCCUACGCGGCCUCUUCGUGCUCUCCCGCGAUCCCGAGAGCCCGCCGCGGCUGCUGGUGGUGCAGCCGCGCCUCCGGCCCGGGAGCCUGCUCGACUCCAAGCUCGCCGAGGCGCUCAACCUCGCCAACUCCCUCGAGGAGCCCCGCGACGGCUUCUACGACCGGGAGUUCGGCGCCAAGGGUGCGCCGCCGCACCUCGUCGUCCAGAAUCCCGCUUCCCGCGGCCGCUCACACGCAGAUACAUAUUUCGGACCUGGAACUGUGGAUAAUGUCAAGUGCUACCUGAGGGCAUCGGAGUCAGAGGAAGAUGUGGAUGCAGUUUUUGUUAAUGCAAUUCUCUCUGGAAUCCAACAGAGAAACUUGGAGGUUGCGUGGGGAAAGCCAGUUUUGGACCGUGUUGGGCUUAUAAUUGAAAUAUUCAAUGCUCAUGCCGAAACAAAGGAAGCAAAGUUACAGUCAGAGUUGGCAGCUCUCAUGUACAUGAAGACUAGGCUUGUCCGUGUACGUGGGCCAGGUGGACGAUUAACUUUUGGUCCAAGUGGGGAAGCUGAGGUUGUCAGUGCAAGAGGGAGAGGAAGUGGGGGGCGGGGCUCCAUGAGUGGUGCUGGUGAAACAGAACUUCAACUACAACGGAGGAGAAUCCAAGAACGGCGUGUGAGCUUGUUAGCUCAAAUUGAAGAUGUACGCCGUACUAGAGCAAUACAACGUUCAAGUCGGAAAAGGCACGGUGGCUCAUUUGGUCAAGAGCUUGUAACUGUUGCAGUUGUUGGAUAUACAAAUGCAGGGAAAUCUACGCUAGUGAGUGCACUUUCUGAAACUGAUCUGUACAGUGAUGAUAGGCUGUUUGCAACAGUAGAUCCCCGGUUACGAAGUGUGAUUCUUCCAUCAGGGAGAAAAGCACUUCUUAGUGAUACCGUUGGCUUCAUCUCAGAUUUACCAAUACAGCUAGUGGAAGCAUUUCAUGCCACCCUGGAAGAAGUGGUUGAAGCAGACAUGUUAGUGCAUGUGUUGGAUGCAAGUGCACCUGAUCGUGAGGAGCACCGAUCUACUGUAUUGCAAGUACUGCAGCAGAUAGGUGUUUCACAGGAGAAGAUCAACAGUAUGAUUGAAGUUUGGAACAAGAUUGAUCUUGUGGAUGAGAAUGCUGCAUCUGAUGGGGUCGAAGAUGAGAUAUUCCUGACUGAAGGUGAAGAGGAGGACAUAUUAUCUGAAGAUGAUGUUCCAUCAGAACAAUCAUCUUUGGAUUCCUUAGACGAUGGAGCAGAUUCAGAAUUUUUACCAGAAGAAAAUUUCGAAGAUAGCAAUGAUGAAGUAUCAUCUGAAGAGUCAUCUGAGAUGAAAGCAGUAAACCCAGAGUUAUCAUCGAAAGAAUGUUUUGGAGAGCUUCGUGUCCCAGAUACAAAUGGAUGUGCUUUGACACAACAAAUGCCCACUUGUCAAGUGAAAACUUCUGCUGUGACAGGGAUAGGAUUGCAAGAGUUGUUGACAUUGAUAGAUACGAAAUUGACUGAACAACAAAAUGUUGUGCAAAGAAGCUAUGGGCCUUUCGAUAGAAAAUGGAGACCACCUUGCACUAUGGAUGACGAAAAGGCUGCAGAACAAUAGGUUGUUUCUGUUGUUUGAAGAGCACUGCUGCCUUCUGCUUCGAGCUUUAUCCCGGAUUCAGGACAGUUGGCAAUGAGCUAAACAGCCAUGCUAGGUGCCUUGAAGACCUCAGGCCCUACCUUAGACCUUGAAGUGAUGUGAUUCAGAUGGCAACUAGUUGUGUACCAGUGCACCAGAAAAAAUAAGGCCGUUGUAAGUUGUAACUAUACAUAUGUAUAACCCCUACUCAGGAAAUUAGCCCGUUGGACGGUGUUGGAAGGAAGGUGACCAUUCCCAACUAUUAACAUGCCGAAUGAAAAAUAUAUUCAGGCUUUUUCCCUACA